GGAAGAUCGAAACUCAAACACCAAUAGAUGAAAAGGCACAGACAAUUGAAGAUGAAGAUGUAAAAAUGGUAUAAAUUGUCUGUAGUUUUUUCAGAUUAAAUAACUUUGAACUGUUGAUUAUGUAUACAUGAAUAUCUGAUAUAUUAAUAUGGCUGUUUUAAUGAAACUGGUCAGGUUUCCAUUACGGCAUUGUAGGGCAUGUGUUAGAAGUUUUGCGUCUGCUCUUUACGUUACUGGUGAUGAAGCCAAAGGAAUGUUUUCUGUUAUAACUCCACAUAUUGACGUAGAAGAUAAGUUUAAGGAAAUGUCUGCUUUGAGACGAAAUGUCGAGCUUCGACAAAUGCAAGUUGAUGUAGACAAAGUAAAGAGCAUUUGGGAUGUCUUGAAAAGCAUGGAGGCAGACAGAAACACGCUAGAGAACAAACGUGUAGAUAUAGCAAAGAAGAUAAAAGAAAUAAAGAGUAGUUACAAUGAUAUAAAAGAAGUGGAAAAAUUAAAAUUACACGGAAAGUUGAUAAGAGAAGAUUUGAAAAUGACAGUGAAAGCUGUUUGGGAAUUAGAAAAGAAAGUCAUGACUUUGGUUUUGAGUUUACCAAAUAAUCUGCAUCCUGACACUCCAAGUGAAGAUGCAAAGAUUGUAAGUCAAUUUGGAAAUGCGUCAAUAAUGAAACAGACCGAAAGUCACGUGAGGAUAGGGGAGAAACUAGAUGUAUUAGACUACUUCAGUUCGAUGUGUUAUUAUCUGAAAGGGGAUGCUGCACUUUUUGAACUCGGUAUACUCGAUUAUUUCACUGGAAAACUUUGCAAUCAUGAUUUUGUGAAAUUUUGCAAUUCAGAUUUUGGUCGAAGUGUAGUGGUGGAGGGUUGUGGACUUGACCAUGAGGAUCCCAGUGUAACAUACAUCCUUAAAGAUACAGAUGACAUUCUACAUACAAAAGAUGUUAAUCGCUUACAUUUGGUUGGCGGAGCAUCUCUGCCAUCCUUUUGUUCCUUCCAUGCAAAACGAAUUAUACCUAUUACUGCUCUUCCCUUGCGAUUAGUGGCCAUGGGACGUCAGUACAAACCUAACAUACAGAGUCUAGAAGAGACUGAUUUCGAAGGAUUGUUUGGAGUCAGUCAAGCUUCGUCAGUUGAGCUGUUCAUUUCCACAGCAGAUAAUCUCAGUAAUAUGAUGAAUGAAUUUGAUAAAACUGUGGCAGCUGUGACUAAUAUAUACAAGGAAUUAGGUUUUCCUUUCAGGGUUGUGUACAUGCCUGCAAAAUCUUUGAGAUCAUAUGAAAGUUUGAGAGCCAGCUUCCAGAUGUAUUCAUUGUAUUUGCAGUCUUAUAUAGAGAUAGGUCAUGUUUCUGUUUGUGAUGAUUAUAUAAGUAAACGCCUCCUCAUUCGUUAUGAGCUAGAAGCUGAUCAAAAAUUUACGCGAAUUGUGUCCGGAACUGUUGUAUCUGUACCCAGAUUGCUAGGAUGUGUCUUAGAGUUGCACAACGAAGCCAAAAGCUUUGGAAGCAUUCCUAUCCCACAAACAGUCAGACAGCAAUUGUUCUAAACCUGUAAAUGACAGUAGUAAUAGCAGUGAUGUAUCAUUAUACCAUAUAAAUGACAUAUUCCUUCUUAUUUUUUGUAUUACAUAAAUAAAAAGUAAACCUGAACUAAUAAAUAAAGUAAGCUUCUCCAAGACUUUGUGUGUGUCUAUAUGCUACUUGUUACAUUCAAUGCUGAUUGUUCUAAAACAGAAUUUGAAGUCGGUAGGAAAUAAAGGAUAAACUGAUUUGUGAA